UUCCCGCUGUCAAUGACAAACAUGGCGGCCUCCACAGAUGAAGCUAACGCUGCCUCCUCUGAACCACACGGUCCGGUUCCGGCUGGUUCUGGGUCCAACAGCCCGCAGAUCCAGUACAGCAUGGUUCUGGACCACCUGAUCGGAGACAAGAGGCCGGUGAAGGACUUGAACCCCGCCGUCAUGGGGGCGUUACCGGUGCCCCCCAAGAGCGACGAGCAGAAGAUGAUCGAGAGGGGCAUGGAGAGCUGCGGCUUCAAGUCCGUCCUGGCCUGUGUAGGAGGGUUCGUUCUGGGCGGAGCAUUUGGAGUUUUCACCGCUGGGAUCGACACCAACGUGGGCUUCGACCCCAAAGACCCCCUGAGGACGCCGACAGCACGGGAGGUCCUCAAAGACAUGGGACAGAGGGGCAUGUCCUACGCCAAGAACUUCGCCAUCGUAGGAGCCAUGUUCUCCGCCACUGAGUGUGUCAUCGAAUCGCAUCGAGGCGUGUCAGACUGGAAGAACGCCGUGUACAGCGGAUGUGUGACAGGAGGAGCCAUCGGAUUCAGAGCUGGUCUAAAGGCUGGCGUUCUGGGAUGCGGAGGCUUCGCUGCGUUUUCUGCUGCCAUCGAAUAUUAUUUACGAUGAAGCUCAGACGACAGGUGGACCAGAGGACAGGUGGACCAGAGGACAGGGUUCUGCACGGGGACGGACUGAGACGUGGGAUCAGGACCUGGUGGAUUUGGUGGACCUGGUGUCUGUCUGGGACUGGAGUUUAAAGACAGACGUCCUCAAAUGGAGACAAACGGACAGAAGUGUCCAAUCCCCUUCAGCGUCUGCGUGGACAGAUGGACAGGUCCACGUGGAUCUAACAGGACUUCUGUUACAGACUGUCCACCUGGAGUUUCUUCAUGUUCAUGUUGGAGUUUUUUUGUCUUAAUUUCCAUUUCAGUUCCUUUCUUUCUUUCAGAUGUUUGUUCUUCUGCCAAACAUGAACUUCAUUAAAGUUCUGAACAAAAUAAAACAUCUAGAACCUG